AUGGCAAAGGAGCUUAUUAGACCUGCAGUGAAGCGAUUUGCCACUUCUUACUUAACUUUGCAGCGCCUUAAUCAACUAAAAGGAGAAUUGAAGAAUCUUUUUACAUCCUUUAAGUGGAAGUCUAGUAAGUUUGCAAGGACACAUAAAAAAAGAAUUGAAGGCGUGGCUUUAGACAAUCGUAACUUCUGGAUAAAUUUUGUUAGUUGUCUAAGAGCUGCAAUACCUCUUGUUAAAGUACUCCGAUUGGUGGAUUCUGAUGAGAGACCAGCUAUGGUAUUCAUUUAUGAAGCAAUGGAUCGUGCCAAGGAGGAAAUUCAAAAAAACUUCAAUAACAUCAAAAAGUGUAUAGUCCAAGUUUUCCAUUUAGAUACAGAGGUGAAAAUAGGGGUUUAUAAAUGUCUCCAAGGAAUGGUUCCUGAAUCUAAUGAGAGAGUAAAAAUUGAUUGCCAAAUUGAUGCAUUCAAAGUUGCAAGUGGACUUUUUAGCAUAGAAAAUGCAAUAUUGACAAGGAACAAGAAGUCUCCAACUGAUUGGUGGGAUUCAUAUGGUAAUGUGUGCCCUAAAUUAAAGCGGUUUGCAAUUAGAAUAUUGAGUUUAACAUGUAGCUCUUUGGGAUGUGAAAGGAACUGGCGUGCCUUUGAGAUGGUGCAUUCAAAAAGGAGAAAUCGGAAGCAACAAAAGAAACUGAAUGAUUUGGAUGUUUCUUCUGAUGAUGAAUGGAUUACCAAAAAAGAGGAUCCGAUUCUUCCAACAAAAACUAAAUGGUUGAGGGUUCUUGAUGACAAAGUUCAAGAAGGUGAUACCGAUGAAGAUGAAGUGGAAAGGGUGACUAGGACACUUAAGGAAAUUUAUGCAAUUGAUGACAAUGAAGACGUGGAUCCAUUAAAUCUUAUUGCUGGUGCUAAUGAGGAAGAUGGUGAUGAUGAUGCUGAUGGUGAUGAGUUCGAUGAAGACUUUAUGGAUAUGUAA